AUGGAACGUUCAAAUCCUCCUUCAAAUAAUCCGGCUAGUUCAAACCCUCCUUCAAAUAAUCCGGCUAGUUCAAAUCAACCUUCAAAUAAUCCGCCUACUUCACAUCCUCCCUUGAAUAAUUCGGGUAGUCUAAAACGAUCAGAGGUCAUUGAGUUGGAUGAAAUAUUGGCUAAUCUUCCUGCAGACCCUGGACUUAGACCUCCAAUGACUUAUUAUAAUCCCAAUUUUCGAGAACAAAUCCGAAGAGCCUAUCUGCAAAGGGGUCCUUGUCAGCCUAAAAGCCAAAACGACAUGCCUCAAACACUUAUGGGGGAGAGUAAUCGACGUUUUCUUGUGAAAUGGUUUGAUUCAUUUGUUUGGUUGGAGUAUAGUAAAGAGAAAGAUGCUGCAUUUUUCCUUCAUUGUUAUCUUUUUAAAUGCGAUUUUGAUAAACAAGGAAAGGCUGGAAGCGAUGUCUUCACUGAGAAAGGGUUUAAAAAUUGGAGGAAGGGACCCGAGAAUUUUAGGGACCAUGUUGGACAAAAGCAACACGUUGAAACCAUUGUGAUCAAGCAGACAGAUCAAGCUCGUAUAUAUAUUGCGACAAGGUCUUCCUUUCGUGGCCAUGAUGAAAGUGAAACAUCUAGCAAUAGGGGUAAUUAUGUGGAGCUUUUGCAAUUUCUUGCCGAUCAUGAUGAGAAAGUUCGUGCCGUUGUGUUUGAGAACGGUCCGAGGAAUCUCAAGUAUAUUGCUCCUAACAUUCAAAAAGAACUUGUCAACUCUUGUGCCACUGAAACCAUUGAUGCAAUUAUUAGUGAUAUGGACAAUUCAUUCUUUUCUAUAUUGGUAGAUGAAUCACGUGAUGUUUCAAUAAGAGAGCAAAUGGCGGUGGUGUUGCGUUAUGUGAACAAAAAAGGGCAAAUUUUGAGAGAAUAUCCUCAAGCAUAUUAUGUCCAUUGUUUUGCACAUCAACUACAACUAGCUCUUGUAGCCGUAGCAAAGGGAAAUGAAAACAUUGCUACUUUCUUCACAACGGCUAGUAGUGUCGUUAAUAUUAUUGGAGCAUCGUGUAAGCGGUGUGAUGCACUUAGAGAGCAACAACAAAAAGAUAUUAUGGAAGCUCUUGAAAUUGAUGAUCUUGAAAUGGGGUGA